AUGGCUCUGGAUCCUCGGUUCUCCGUCUACUUGUAUGACGAGUACACCAAGUACCUGCAGACCGAGGCCAUCGGCGAUAUCAUGGCCAUCACCCCCCGUGAGAAGCACACCGGGCUUGGGACUUACGGACUGAGUCCUCCUUGCCGGGCCGUCGUCUGGGCUGUCUUGAGGGGCAUGAACCGCCCCCUGUCGACCUGGUCAGCAAAAUCCAACGUCAUCAUCCAUGAUCUUCACAAGCCCUGGUUCAAGCCCGAGGCCUUUCGCCUCGAGACGGGCACCGGUCUCUGGCCGACCCCUGGUCGCAUCGUGGUCCUGAUGCCUCUGAGCACCGGGACGGCCAACAUCGAACUGAUGCCCCGGGGCACAAACUACUGCAUCCCCGCCGAGUGGGAGCCCGGCAUGGUUCUCUUUCUGAACGAGACGGGCAUACGGUUCAUGGGGAACGGGUGCCUGCGCUUCAUUUACAUCAUGCUCCACAAGUCUCCGUUGCCGCAGAAGAAGAAGUAUCGGUUCCGGUACUACCGCAGAUGA